UUGUUUCCAACGACGAAGAAGAAUCAAAGCUGGCUGGGUUUAGCAAAAUACUCUCAGGCUCAGCUCGAACAUCUCAUCUUCCAAAACAACCCACUUCUCUCCACAUAUUUUACCGCACAAACUACUUAAGCGCGCAAGUUUUCUCAGCCCCAUGCCUAGAAGAGGUCGCAAACUAUGGCAUCAAAUGCCUUUCUCUUCACCCCAACCACGAAAUCUCGAGCUUUCCUCGAAAGGGUUUCUCGGAAAUCACCAGAGAGAUAACCGGCAGAGCCUUACACGGGCUUUGUUUGAAGGGGUUUGUGCCGUUCGGCGUGUUCUAUUCGAAUACUUUGGUUAACUUGUAUGCUAAGUUUGGUCGUUUGAAACAAGCACGCUACAUGUUCGAUGAAAUGUCUGAGAGAAAUGAUGCUUCUUGGAAUACAAUGAUGUCGGGUUAUGUCCGAGGGCGUGAGUAUUCCAAGGCCAUUGAGUUCUUCCAAGAGAUGCUUGAAGGUGGUGUUAAGUCAAGUGGGUUUUUGAUGGCUAGUUUAGUUACGGCGUGUGAUAAGUCAGGUUCGAUGUUCGGUGAAGGAUUGCAAGUACAUGGCUUUGUUGUUAAGGUCGGUUUAAUGAGUGAUGUUUUUGUGGGAACGUCUCUGUUGCAUUAUUAUGGCACCUAUGGACUUGUUUCUGAUGCGCAUAAGCUCUUUGAGGAAAUGCCGGAACGUAAUGUUGUCACUUGGACAUCAUUAAUGGUCGGGCAUUCGGAUGGUGGAGAAUCGGAGAAAGUUAUAGAAAUGUAUAGGAGUAUGAGGCGUGAGAGCGUAUGUUGCAAUGAGAACACAAUUGCUCUGGUUUUGAAAACUUGUGGGACGCUUGAGGAUGAAUUAUUAGGUCUUCAAGUUCUAGGAAAUGUUGUAAAGUCCGGUCUUGAUACUAAUGUUUCGGUGGGGAACUCGCUUAUAGCCAUGUAUGGUAGCUGUGGUAAUGUUAAGGAGGCUUGCCGUGUGUUCAAUGACAUGGAUGAACGUGACACAAUCUCGUGGAAUUCGAUUAUAUCUGCUAAUGCUCAAAAUGGGCUUUGUGAAGAAUCUUUAAGGUAUUUCUAUUGGAUGCGGCAUGUUCAUAAGGAAGUGAAUUCUAGCACGGUUUCGUCCUUGUUAACGGUCAGCAGUUCUGUAGAUAACUUGAAGUGGGGCCGAGGAAUUCAUGGACUAGUUGUAAAAUCAGGAUUGGAGUCAAAUGUCUGUGUUGGAAAUUCUCUUUUAAAGAUGUAUUCUGAGGCUGGAAGAUGGAAAGAUGCGGAGUCGUUUUUCCAAAGAAUGCCACAGAAGGACUUAAUAUCGUGGAACUCCAUGGUAGCGUGCUAUGCUCAGAAUGAGGAAAGCCAAAAAGCAUUGAACUUUUUUGCUGAUAUGCGUCGGGUGAUAAAAACUAUGAGCUAUGUGACUAUAACGAGCGCAUUGGCUGCUUGUUCAAACCUGGAAUUCAUAGCAGAGGGCAAGAUACUUCAUGCUGUUGCAGUACUAUCUGGCCUACAAGCCAAUAUAGUCAUUGGCAAUGCACUAGUUACCAUGUAUGGAAAAUCUGGUGUGAUGGCAGAAGCGAGAAAAGUAUCAACAAUAAUGCCGAAGCGGGAUGAAGUAACUUGGAACGCCCUCAUCGGUUGUCAUGCUGAGAAUGAAGAAGCAAAUGAGUCGUUGAAAGCUUUUAACAUGAUGAGAAAAGAAGGUAUUCGAGAGAAUUACAUUACAAUUGUUAAUGUUCUUGGCGCUUUCUCAACUCCUGACUGUUUACAAAAACAGGGGAUGCCCAUUCAUGCGUAUAUAGUUCGGACAGGAUUUGAUUCGGAUAAAUUUGUGCAGACUUCACUUAUAACAAUGUAUGCCAAGUGUGGGGAUUUACAUUCCAGUAGCUUCAUGUUUGAUGGAUUAUCUACUAAGCGCUCGAUCACUUGGAAUGCGAUUAUUGCUGCAAAUGCUCAUCAUGGCUGUGGAGAAGAAGCUUUAAAACUCAUCAUGAAGAUGAGAAACGCUGGAUUGUUGUUAGAUCAGUUCAGCUUAUCGGUUGCACUUUCUGUAAGUGCCGACUUAGCUAUAUUAGAGGAAGGCCAACAACUACAUGGACUAGUUAUAAAACUCGGUUUUGAGUUGGAUCAUUAUGUGACAAACACAGCAAUGGAUAUGUAUGGAAAAUGUGGAGAAAUGGAUGAUGUCUUAAGGAUACUUUCCCCGCCUUUUAUAAGGACGCGGUUAUCAUGGAACAUACUGAUUUCAUCUUAUGCCAGACAUGGGUGUUUCAACAAGGCUAGGGAGACUUUUCAAGAAAUGCUAAAAUGGGGAGAGAAACCCGACCAUGUCACCUUUGUCUCGCUUUUAUCCGCAUGCAGUCAUGGCGGUUUGGUAGAUGAGGGUCUUGAAUACUAUGCUUCAAUGAAAACAAAGUUCGGUGUCCCACCAGCAAUAGAGCAUUGCGUGUGCAUAAUCGAUCUUCUUGGUAGAUCAGGAAGACUUUCUGAUGCCGAAGACUUCAUCAAAGAUAUGCCUGUACCACCAAAUGACUUUGUCUGGCGUAGCUUGUUGGCAUCAUGCAAGAUCCAUCAGAAUUUGGAGCUAGGGAAGAAAGCUGCGGACAAGCUUUUGGAGUUGGACCCAUCAGAUGAUUCGGCUUAUAUUCUUUAUUCAAAUGUCUGUGCAACUAGUGGUAGAUGGGAUGUUGUAGAGAAUGUAAGGACUAAAAUGGGAUCAAACAACAUAAAGAAACAACCCGCUUGUAGUUGGGUCAAGUCGAAAAACCAGAUAAGUAAGUUUGGGAUGGGAGAGAAGUCCCAUCCUCAAAAUGUCCAAAUUUAUGCCAAGUUAGGGGAGCUCAUGAAGACGAUUCGAGAAGCGGGUUAUGUCGUGGAUACGAGUUAUGCGCUUCAAGACACAGAUGAGGAGCAAAAGGAGCAAAAUCUUUGGAACCACAGUGAGAGAAUUGCCCUUGCAUAUGCAUUGAUCAGCACUCCAGAAGGUUCACCCAUUAGGAUUUUCAAGAACCUGAGAGUUUGUGGUGAUUGCCAUUCUGUUUACAAGUUUGUGAGUGGGAUUGUGGGGAGGAAAAUCAUGUUGAGAGACCCUUUCAGGUUUCACCAUUUUAGUGAUGGAAAGUGUUCUUGUUCUGACUAUUGGUAAUCAAACUAUUAGUUAGCAACCCUUCUAUUGAUAUGCCUUCUUUUCAAGUUUUGCUUAGUGUCAAAAAAGAAAAAAGAAAAAAGAACCAUGUUUUUUUUUUCUUUAACGACACUGCGUUGCAUUACAACAAUGGUAGCAUACUACUUGUAUUCCUUUAAGUACUCUGCAGAAAGAAAGGCGGACCCCAAGUGCAAAGAGGUUCCCGCAUUAUGACAGGUUCGGGGGAAAGUUCAAUCUCAUAUGUACGCGGCUUUAUCCCCCGAAAG